GUCAACUAGUCAUUGUGAGUCCUCUUCAGUGUUCUUUCUCUUGUUAAGUGGACCAUCUGGACACACAGUGGGCAGUCCAGAAUGAAAGGACACGGUAAGGCAAAAUCCUGAAUCAUAAUUCAAUUAUUCUUCAGAAGAGGUAGUGAGACCAAAAUACAUCGACAGACAGCCAUGCACUCAGAAACACAACUGCAAUCAAGGAGGCGGCAAAAUCUUUUGUGAAUAUUUGUUUAGGCAUUUUUUCUUUUUCUUUAUUUAAGAAGGAGGAUGGAGAAUGCUGAGGACCAAGGCAAGGAGAAAUCACUAAAUGACAUCAUCUUCUAGAGAAGAGAAAUUAAGGACUAUUUUGAAUAGGAGAUAAUGAGGGAUCAAACAACCAGCACUAAGAUGGAAGAUCUGCUGAGGGAAUCUCAGAGGGAGUUACAGUGGAUCCAAAGACAGCUUGCUAUGAUCGGGGCCAGAAACAGGAACCACCAGCACCUCCUCCACAUCAAGGGCAAGUCUAAAAGUGAGUUUUCAUCUCAGCAAGGUGUGGGACACGCUGGAGUCUACAAUGUGAACCGCUCUCGAGUAUUAGAGGAAAAAAACAGGGCACUAAAGCAGGAAGUGGUCGCACUCCGCCAAGAGAAGCAACAUUAUCGAAAAGUGAAAGCGAAGCUCCAUGCUGCCUUGCAGGAAAGAAAUCGUCUGAACCUAGAGCUGAUCAACCACCAGCUUAGGGCAUCCAAGCAUGAGCAGGUGCGAUGCGACUAUGUCCAGCUGAGACAAACGUUUGCCACUGUGAGCCGGGAGAAAGACGAGGCCCAGAAGGAAAGGAGCCAACUCCAGGCCAGAGUCGAAAAUCUGGAACAUGUGCUAAAGCAUAUGCACGAAGCCUUGCAGCUAAAACAACAUUUGCAGACAGAGUAUGAGCAAGCAUUGGUGGCCUUUCACAGCAAUCAGAAAGAGAUCAAUCAGCUACAAAAGGCCUGGGAUCAAACUGACCAACAGCAUGAGGAAGCAGUACAGUUAUUAGAGGUCAAACUUUGUGACCUGGAGCAGAAAUGCAGGUCACACAGUGAUCACUUCCACCAGCUGUCGAAAAGGCUGCCAAACAUCCGUUUGCAAUCAGAGCCUGUGGAGUUCCUGAAUAGUAAUUCUACCUUGGUGUCCCAGAUCCCGACCUCACCAGAGGAGAAACUCUCCCAAGUCAUUGAUGAAUUUGAAGCCCGGUUGCAGAAAGGUGAUGAGAGUGCACCAAAUGCUCAGCUUCUGAUCCCUCAGUUUCCACCCUGCCCUCUGCAGACUGAAGACAGUGAAGCAUUCAAACUGCUGUCUGUCAAAUCCAGCACCGUAGCAACGGAUCGCUCCAGCAGCCCCCGACAGCAUCCCCCAUCAGAGAUGGAGGAUGAGACAAGCUCAUCACCAAGGUCCAAACCUCGCUACACAGGCCAGGUCCGCCUUUGCACUGCCCGUUACAGUUAUAACCCUUAUGAUGGACCGAAUGAACAUCCAGAAGCAGAGCUCCCUCUUGUGGCUGGAAAAUAUCUAUACGUGUAUGGAGACAUGGACGAUGAUGGCUUUUAUGAAGGGGAGUUGCUGGACGGUCAAAGAGGACUUGUUCCUUCCAACUUUGUGGAAUUUGUCCAGGAUAAAGAAAAACUAAUCGGAGAGGGAGGGGAAGACUUAGGCCCUCUGGAACACACUUCCCUGGCCCUGAUGACCGUGGAUGGAGGUGCCUCCCAGGAUCUCAUGCUAGGCUCAAGCAAUUCCCUCGUUCCAUGCAGCAAUGGGACAGGGGGGACGUUAGAUCCUGAGGACUUAGCUGAGGAUGUUGUGCCUUACCCCCGUAAGAUAACCCUCAUCAAGCAGCUGGCACGUAGUGUUAUUGUGGCAUGGGAGCCUCCAGUAGUGCCUUUGGGCUGGGGGAACAUCUCUGGCUACAACGUGUUAGUCGAUGGGGAGCUUCGUGCCAGUAUACCGUACACCGGCCGGACCAAGUGCUUGCUGGAAAAGCUGGACUUGGACAGCUGCAUUUAUCGUGUCUCCGUGCAGAGCGUCACCGACCGCGGCCUGUCGGACGAGCUCCGUUGCACCGUGCUGGUGGGAGCCAAUGUGGUGGUGGCGCCGUGCGGCAUGCGGGUGGAUGACAUCCAGCGGGACACUGCCGAGCUCUCCUGGCUGCCUAGCAACAGUAACUACAGUCACACUGUGUACUUAGAUGGGGCGGAGCAUGCUGUGGUAAAGCCUGGAAGGUACAGACUACGGUUCCACAACCUGAAUCCCCUAACGGUGUAUAAGGUCCAAGUGGUGGCACUUCCCCAUCAGGUGCCAUGGCAACUGCCUCUGGAGCAGAGGGAGAGGAAAGAAGCCGGAGUGGAGUUUUGCACUCAGGCAGCAGGCCCAACACCAUAUUGCAGAACAGGUCCCCCGAUGCCCCCGCAGGAUGUCCAGGUGCUCUGUGGGCAGGCUCCAGGGGUUCUGCAAGUCCGCUGGAAGCCUCCCAUCCUCUCUCCAACAGGCACAUCUAAUGGGGCAAAUGUCGUUGGCUAUGCAGUCUGCACUAAAGGACAAAGGAUAGCUGAGGUGCUGUUUCCAAUGGCAGAUUAUGUCACUAUUGAUCUGACAAGGAUUCAAUGCCUGGAGGCCAGAGAAGUCAUUGUUAAGACACUGUCAGUCCAGGGAGAAUCCCAGGACUCCCAAGUCGCCGUCAUUCCAAACAACCUGCUUGUGCCUCUACCCGCCCUACCCCUGCCGCCCCCAAUGCACCCUCACGCGGGCCCUCUUCCUCACCCUCAUCCUCAGCCUCACCUCCCAUCUCCUCACCUUCCUCACCCCACACCCCAACUUCCGCCUCCGCCUCAUGGGCAACCUCAUCCUCCGCAUCCACAAACCCAUCCCAGACUUCCUCACCCGGGCGGAACUCCACACCCACAACCACAGCCCUUACACCUGCAGCCUCGCCCUCUCCACCAGGGUCCCAGGCCCCAGCACCAACUGCCUCUGCUGCCCCACCCUCAGCCCUACCCUAUACCUCAGAGACCAGUAAGUGCCAGAGACCUGGAUGCCAAAGAGCACACAGCCCACCAUGGAGGAGCUAUUCCGCCUGGCCAGCCCGGCUGGGACCCAAGUCGAUCACCUUUGCAGCCUCCUGUGCCCAUGCAAGGCCACACGCUGGAGGCCCCUCCCCCUGUGCAUUUGCGUUCCCCCUCCCCUCAGAGGAUUCUUCCUCAGCCCCAAGGCAUGCUGAUCCCAGACACCGUGGCCAAAGCUAUCGCUCGAGAAGCAGCACAGAGGGUGGCAGCAGAAAGUGGCAAGGUCUGGGAAGAGCACCACACAAAUGUUACACAAAAUAUUGUAGGAGACAGAAGGGUGGGGAGAUUUGGAGAGCAGGGUCAUUCAUUUCACCAGCAUCCCUCUGAUGAGGAAGAGGAAGAUGAGGAGGGAUUUGCGCGAGGACGUCGGAGAGGACCCUCAGUUGAUGAGUUUCUCAGAGGCUCUGAGUUGGGGAGGCCGCCUCACUAUAGUCACAAUGAAGAUUAUCACAGCGAGAGCAGCCGGGGCUCUGACCUGUCUGACAUCAUGGAGGAGGAUGAGGAGGAGCUGUUCUCUGAGAUGCAGCUGGAAGAGGGACGACGACGCAACUCGCACAACACACCCAAGACAAACAGUCCUGGUGGAGGCCGCCAUGACCGGGACAAUGGCAGGCGAAUUCAGCAUGGUGGAUCACAACCUAAGAGGCGACCUCUAAUGGUCCCAUCCAUUGACGGCUACAGGAAUCGGGACCAACGCUCUCCAACGUACUAUGACGAGUCAGAGCCUGAGGAACCUUUUCGGAUAUUUGUGGCGCUCUUUGACUACGAUCCUCUGUCUAUGUCCCCCAACCCAGAUGCUGCAGAUGAGGAGCUACCAUUCAAAGAAGGGCAGAUAAUUAAGGUUUAUGGUGAUAAGGACACAGAUGGGUUUUACAGAGGAGCAAUAAGGGGCAGGAUGGGGCUUCUCCCCUGUAACAUGGUGUCCGAGAUACGAGCGGACGAUGAGGAGACCAUGGACCAGCUCAUCAAGCAGGGCUUUCUGCCUCUCAGCACCCCAGUGGACAAAAUAGAGCAGAACAGACGAGGUGUCCGCCGAGAUCAGGCCUCCAGGAGGAUGGUGGCGCUCUACGACUACGACCCCAGAGAGAGCUCCCCUAACGUUGACGUUGAGGCUGAGCUGACCUUCUGUGCUGGUGACAUCAUUGCUGUUUUUGGAGACAUUGAUGAAGAUGGGUUUUACUAUGGUGAGCUCAAUGGCCAUCGUGGCUUGGUGCCCUCAAACUUCUUGGAAGAAGUGCCUGAUGACGUGGAGGUCUAUCUGACCGACACCCCGUCCCACUACCCCCAGGAAGAACCCGCCAACCGGCCCCCUGCUAACUCCGCUGCAGCCGUGUCGGAGGGAAAACGGGUACAUCAUCAUCGCCGCUCUCAGCGCUAGGCCCUGUGUUCAUCCAUCCUCCGUCCCCUCUCCUCUUGAUUUCCGUCUCUUGCUUCCUCCACCUGCAGUCUGUGUGCUGUUCAUUGUGUGUGUUUGUCCAUGUGGUGACAGUGGUGACUCUUUACAGACUAACAACUCCCCCACUCCCUUCACCCUUCGGAAAGGGAGCAAAAUCCAGUGUUAACGCCUUUCUUAAUCUCAGAGAAAGGAAGAAGCAAAGCCUGUGGACAGACCGUGGGAACCCUGCGGGUGGCUCAUGCAUGUAGGACUGGUUGAGGAGGACAUGUAAAAAAAAAAAAAAAAAAAGGCUCAACUCAUUCCUUACACAAAAAAUUUGGUAACUCUUUGCACUAAAACACAAAGUCAAAUUGUGGUUAUUGUGUACGAUUCUAUUUAAAAGUGCUCAGCAACACAUUGCUACCCAGUUUAAAUUAUUUAAGAUUAUUUAAGAGAAGUUUAAAAGUAAAGAAAAAGCAUGUUUUUUUUUCAAACUUGAUACAUUUUCUAACUUUCUUGGCUCAGCUUGUGUAUUUCCUCAAAGAGGCUUUGUUUCUCUUACCCACACAUCAGAUCUAUUUUUCAACCCCGUUGACGGUGGAUAUGCCAUGUUUGCUCUGAGCUCAAGAGAACCGCAGCACUGAGACAUCCAUUCUGUAUUGUUACGAUGAAACAAUAAAAGGAAAGGACGAAAAAAAAAAAAAAUUGGAUAUUAAAACCAUUCUUGUUUGCGCUCUGUGUUCAUGUGUGUUGGUGUUGUUGUUGCUUUCAGUUGUCAUAGUGAUGUGGGUUUUUUUCUCGAUAGUGACAACGCUGCCACAUCUGAUUUCUUUCUUUUUUUUUUUUUGUUUUUCCUCACCCGCUUGGCAAAACAAAACAAAACAAAACAAACAAACAGAGGAAGAUUGUUCAUUUCACACCAUAUAUGGCUCUGUGUGCCCUUGUACAGUAAGUUGGCAACUGGAGAUGUCAGAUUCGCAGCUCUAAUGCAAACAGCUUGUGGGCACAGCGAAGGCUUUAUUUGGCGCUACGUCCUGUUGUGACUCAGAUUCAUCAAAAUCUGUCUCUUCACUCCAAGUUAUUACUGUUGUUCUGUCAAAUCCUCUGGGAAUAUUCAAAAUUUAUUGUGCAAAAAAACAAAAAAAAACA